AUGAAGAUCGAUGAUGACGUCCCUCUAGAUGACAGCCUACCUGAUGAGCACAUCUACGCUGUUGAGGUGAUCGACUACGGCGAGCCCCUGCUCGCAGAUGACGGAGUCGAUCGAAUGCUGACGGAGAUAGCGAAUUACCUCGCUGCUGAGCAUGAACCUACUGGUUUUGUGGGGAACAAGAAGAAGAAGUUCCUGAGAGACAUAGGCGCUAUUUCUGGGAUGAGCCAUACCUGUACAAGCACUGCACCGAUGGAGUCUACAGGAGAUGUGUAG